AUGCUUAUGAAAAUUUCAAGAUAUUUUUUUCUUUUGUAUUUAAUAAAGGCACAUCUUGAUUUCUUUUUAAGAUAUAGGACCGGCUUUAUCCGUUCACGACUUGAAACAUAUAUAGGUAAUAGUGAUGUCAGAUAUAAUAAAAGUUUUAUAAACAAUCGAUUACUCAAUGAACAUGCACAUUGUGAUGCGUGGUCUGAAUGGAGUGCUUGCUCUAAAACAUGUGAUUAUGGAAUUAAGAUCAGAGUAAAAAUAAGCACAGAUCAAACGAAAUCAAAAGCAUGUUCUAAUAUUACAGAAUCUACAAUAUGUCAUGAACAUAUAUGUCCUAGAACCUUUGAAGAAGCUGAAGAAACUUAUUUACACAAUAAAGAAAAAGAAAAAAAGAAAAAAUUCCGAACAACAUAUAUUUUAAUCUUUACUAUCUUUUCUGUAGUUAAUAUUGUAGUGUUAUUAAUAUGUGUUAUCCUAUCAAUCAAAAAAAAAAUUAUCUAA